AUGACUGAAUUAGUGCAGAAUGAGGCAGAGGCGAUUACGCCUUACAGCAUGCAUGUUUCAUUGCGAUACCUGGAACUCACGAAGAAGAAAUUGGAGCUCACAAGACUUCCACGAGAACUUGAGCUGCCUGGGCAUAGGACAUGGGAGCAUGGUACACCAAAGGCUGUGCUUGAGCCACUACUCGAUUUCUGGCUAGAAGGCUACGACUGGCGCGCUGCCGAAACACAAUUCAACACUUCGCUUCCGCAGUUUCGCACCAGCGUCACCAUACUAUCGGCUACGGAUAAGUCUGCGACACACUCACUACGCAUACACUUCGUCCACAAGCGCUCGAAACAUACAAACGCCAUCCCACUGCUUGUGUGCCACUCGUGGCCGUCGUCUUUCAUCGAGGUACAGCGCAUUAUCGAUGCACUUACAGAUCCCCAAUCGCAGCCAGGCUGUGGUGAGGGCGCCCAACAAGCUUUCCAUGUGAUUGCGCCGAGCAUACCGGGCUUCGGCUUUAGUGAUGCCAGUUCAUCGCUGGACUUCGGAUUGAAAGAGACUGCCUCUAUGUUUGAUGGACUGAUGAAGAGACUCGGCUAUGAGUAUUAUGUUGCUCAUGGACACCCCAGACACUGCCAUGCCGUUCAUACGGCAAAUCCGUCUUUUGCUGAGCCAACGGCUAAGCGGAACACAAUGGCGUUCCUCAAAUACAAGAUUGCAAAGUUGACCAAGGGAAAGUUGCCCCUUUUGAGCUUUGGCUAUCUCCCUGCUGAGCUUCAGUCGUGCCGCACAAUCGAGGACCUUUCCACACCCCGAAAUCCGUUCCAUUCUAAGCAGCCACUCGUUGUACUCGCUUCGGCCACAGACUCUGUCUUUCUCGCUUUGCGAUUCGCCGGUUGGACUACUGGCGGCGCUGCUGGAUGUGAUUCAUACUCGAGCACCUUCGAGUUCACCAUUGACGUCUCGAUCACGCUCGCCAUUCCUUUCGCUUACUGA